AUGACGGUGCUCACUCCCGACGCGCAGGCCACCCUGGACCCGAAGUUCAUCGAUCACGACAUCUAUGCGGUGUACUCCAGGGUCAUGGAUGCCCUGCUGCCGCUGUACCACACCCAGGAGUCGCUGGCCCAGUUGCCGGCCGCCGAGCGGGACGCCAUCAUGUCCUCGCCCAACUACCAGCCGGAUGAUGUCUUUACGCCCCCCUUCGACACUCCGCUGGCCGCGCUGUGCUCCCAGCUGCAGAGUAUUUUCUGCCACUACUCGGCCACCCUCUAUUCGCAGCUGGCCCAGAAUGACUUCAAGCUCGAGUACUUUUGCAUCCGCUGGCUGCGGCUGCUCUUCUCGCGCGAGUUUUCCAUCGACAACACGCUGCUCUUGUGGGAUGCCAUCUUCCUGGCCCAUCCGACCUCGAUGGAGGAUGCCAUGCGCAAUGUGGCCUUCUACAUCCUGAUCACCUUCGAUGACAUCUUGUCGGACGCCUCGGCCUCCGAAUGCCUCCUGGCCCUGAUGCAGCCGCCCUACCGGCAGAUCAGUAUCAUGAGCGUCAUCAACCACGGUGUCCUGGAGCCGCAUCAGUUCCGGGACUCGCUGGGGCGCCUGUCGCAGGAGCCACCCGCCGAGUCCGGCGCAAAUGCCGCAACCGGGCCGGCAUCUCGUCCGGCGGCCCCCUCAGUCCGACGCGGCUUCCGCAGCCGUCUCGCCGGGACCCGGUCCUCCUCAGCGCCAGCGGCACCGUCCGCCUCCAAUGGAUCAGCCGGUGCCAAGGGCCGGAGCAAGGAUCCGGCGGCCCUGUCACCGGGAGGGAGCCUGGCCGAGGGGCUGGCGCAGUCCGCGCUGGCCGCGAAUCCGGCCCCGGGUCUGGCUGCCCAGUCCGAGGCCGAGUCGCUGAGGGAGCUCGGCAUCCCGGUGUCCACCGCCUCCCAGCAGACGUAUGUGCCGAUCACCUCCUUCUCGCGCCUGGGAUCCUCUUCUUCCUCUUCUUCCUCUUCUUCCUCUUCUUCCUCGGGGUCCUCGGGCCCGGUGGGGACCAUCUCCGAGGCCAUGGGGUUGUCGUCGGAGGCCAGCCGCGCGGCGUUGGACUCCAAGAUGGGGCAGCUUCAAAAUGCGGCGGCCGUUGCCCAGCGCGCGCGUCAGUCUCGCGGGCGCAUCGUCAUGUCCAAUGCCAGUGCGGCUUCCUACCUGACGGAGGAGCCGUCCACCUCGCUGCCGGCGGUGUCGCGCCUGGCCGGGCGGCGGCCCUUCAUCGGGGCCUCCGACUCGAGCUCCGACUCGGACUUCGAUCAUGCUCUUUCCGAUUCGGACGGCCCGGCGGGCCUCGGCCAGGAUGACGAUCUGGCAACCGACGGGGGUGCCUCGCCGCAUGGCAGCCCCCGGGACCUGACCAGCCCCUCAUCCUGGGACGAGGUGGAGGUGGCCGAGGUGGAGGCGGUGGCGGCGGCCGGGGCGGCGGCGGCGGCGGCCGAGGUGGCGGCUGCCGCCGCGACCGAGGCCCUGGACUCCUGCGCCUCGACCGACAAUCCGGACAGCGAGGCGGAGGACCCGCUCGCCGGGGGGGAGGUCGCCGCGCCGGAGGAGGCGCCGGCCCGGCCCUCGCCGCCGAUCCUGGUCCUGGACUCGGACUCCGACUCGGACGAUCCCUUUUCCAGCCUCCAGGCCCGGGCGGACCUGACCAAGAUCUCGCAGCAGCACUUGAGCCAGCUGCUGGGCAGCGACGCGGGCAAGUCCUCCACGGCCACCAUGGCCGACGGCGCCACCACCACCACCACCAGCACCACCUCGACCGGGCUCUAUCUCGAGGCCGACACCAGUGACUUGGAGUUGGACGGGUUGGAUAUCGACCCGCUGGAGUCGCUGUCCGCCGGCGGCCAGUGGACCCUGACCGGGAGGUUGGGUUCGCCCGAGAGCGAGGACGAUGUCGACGAUGAGGAUCUCUUCUCGCGGCCACAGGGCCGGCGGUCGCUCUUCUAAGGGCGGUGGUCUUGUGCUUCUUUUUCAU